AUCAUUGCGAGUUAUCUUGAACAGCCGCACAGUUAAGUGUUAAGUGCCAAUAUAUUUAUUUUCAUUCAACAAGCCUUUGAUGAGUGCUAGUGUUUGCGUUAUGAUUGCACAAAACUUGGAACUAAUUUACUUAUUUAAUUGUCUAUUUGUUUCGGGGUUAUAUGCUGCCAGUAUACCUCGUGCGGAACCAGCCAAGUUUUCUCUCAGUUCCAUAUUUGAUUCCACUAUGUCGAUGAUACAUCCUAUGGUGGCUGCUGGUUCAAAUCGAUGUGAAACUUUCAAAAGCUUUUUCGGUUUAACAUACGAACAAAUGCAAGAGAAGAACAAAACCAAUUUUAAGGAUGUCCUAAAUAUUGAUCUCAUUACGAAAACUGGGAAUGUCAAGUACAAUUUGACAGCCAAUAGGAGGAUGCAUAGACUAAUGGCUCAAGCAGAGACAGUGAUCAUACUAGUCCAUGGCUUUAUGGAGAGUUCUGAUGGCUGGAUGGUGAAUGCCAUAGCUCCGGAGUUGCUGAAGAAACCUAACUUGAAAAUAUUUGCGUUGGAUGGAAGAAAGAUCAUUAACUUGGAGUAUUUCCGAUCGUCGACUAAUGUCAGGUUCAUGGGAGAGGUGCUUGGAACAUUUUUGGGUGAAGUUAUUAAAAAUGGCCAAGACCCCUCAAAAAUCUACAUUAUAGGCCACAGCUUAGGGUCCCACAUAGCCGGAGUGGCUGGUAAGAAGGUCCAUGAACUUACUGGCCAGCGCGUAGGGCGCAUUACAGCCUUAGACCCGGCUGGACCUUGCUUCAGCAACGUGAGCGUCAGUGGGAGACUGGACAAGAGCGAUGCAGAAUACGUUGAUGUCAUACACAGCAAUGGUGGCUUACUGGGUCUCAAAGAGCCUGUAGGACACAAGGAUUUCUUCCCCAAUGGUGGUAUAUCGCAGCCGGGCUGCUACAUUUCCGUCUGCGAUCACAGCCGAGCUUGGGAACUGUUUGCUGAAUCCGUGGCGUCUCCCAAACAUUUUCCAGCCCGAAAAUGUGACAACUGGACGAUGUUUGGAGAAGGUCUAUGUUCAAAAUCCGAGAUAUCCUACAUGGGCCUGGAAUCCGAUAGCAACAAUCCUGGACUUUAUUUCCUUACCACUAAGGACUCUUUUCCGUUUGGCAUGGGUUCCGCUGGUAGUGGAUGAUAAUAAAAACUAUACAAUAAACUUUUUAC